AUGAGCACAUCCGAAUCGCGAGACAUCGAGGCUGCAACCACCGCCAUCCAGGCCCCCGACGCCAAGACCCGCCGCUACGAUCGCCAGCUCCGCCUCUGGGCCGCUUCGGGCCAGUCCGCGCUCGAGUCCGCCCGCAUCCUCGUUCUUUCUUCUUCCGCUACCGCCACCGCCGUCCUCAAGAACCUCGUCCUCCCUGGCAUCGGCCACUUUGUGAUCCUCGACGACGCCACAACGUCUCCCGCCGAUGCCGGCAACAACUUUUUCCUUGCAGGUCCCGCUAGCAUCGGCAAGCCACGCGCACAGGAGGCCGUGCCCCUCCUUAGGGAGCUCAAUGACAGCGUACAGGGCGAGGCGGUACUCAAGAACGUCAAGGAUCUGAUCGCUACCGAGGACGGCCAAGAGUUCGUCCGCGGCUUUUCGCUCGUCAUCGCACACAAUCUGCAAGAGGACGUACUCGAUGAGCUUGCACGCUUGCUCUGGGCAGACAUCGCGAACCCGCCGCUCAUCGUCGUCCGCUCCGCCGGCUUCCUCGCCGAGUUUUUCGUCCAGUUUCACGAACAUUGCGUGUCCGAGCCGCAUACGGACGAAACUCCACCAUCGCUCCGCAUUAUUCGACCGUUCCCUGCCCUUCUCGAAUGGGCCCGCAGCCUCGACCUCGACAACAUGGACCCCACCGACCACGCCCACGUCCCCUUUGUCAUUAUCCUCGUCCGCGCCGUCGACGACUGGCGAAAAGCGCACGACGGCAAGCUGCCCGCCACAUCCACCGAGAAGCAAGAGUUCAAGGCCUCAGUGCGCGCCAUGCGGCGCAAAGCCGACGAGGAGAACUUUGACGAAGCCGAGGCGCAGGCGUGGCGGGUGUGGAUGGAACCCGCGAUCCCGACAGACAUCAAACGCCUACUCGCACUCUCUCCCCUCUCCUCAUCAUCGAAUUCUGCAGAAACGCCAUCCAAUGCCAUCACCCCACAGACGCCCAAUGCGCCGUUCCACGCGCUUUUACGUACGCUAGGCGCGUUCGUGGCGGAUCCCUCCGGUCCGGGGACGCUCCCGCUGAGCGGUGCGCUGCCGGACAUGCGCACGGACACGGAGAGCUACGUGCGAUUGCAGCGUGGGUAUCGUGAGUGGGCGGGCGUGGAGAAGGCGCGAUUCAAGGAGUUGCUGAAGGAGAAGUUUCCAGAGAUCGAACCGUUGGUGGAUGAUGAGGCGGUGGAUACGUUUGUGAAGAAUGCGCAUCAGGUGCGGGUGUUGAGGGGGAAGCGGUGGGGCGCGUGGGGGGAGGACAAGGAGGAUGUUGCAUCUUCGCUGCAAGUGUAUCCUCGCGAGACGGCCACGCAUCUCGCGCUCUCCGCGCUCGCAAUUCUAUUAAAUGACAAGCCAGAUGCAUCGACAGUGACGACCGAGGCACUCAACAAGGAGGUGCGGAAGCUAGUCGGCGAGAACGUCGAAUUUCCAGAAGAUUUGGACGCUGCAAUUGGCGAAAUAGCACGCGCGCCGACUGCCGACCUUCCCAACACGGCGGCCUUCCUCGGCGGGCUCGUCGCGCAGGAGGCGAUCAAGAUGAUCACGAAGCAGUACGUGCCUGUGAACGGGUCCUGUGUCCUUGAUUUGGUGGAUUCGUGGACGGGUGUGGUCGGACAGUGAACAAGAUGGAGGAGGAAGUUGAAGUGAUGUGGUCUGGUACAUUGUGCUGUGUUGCUGUGUUGCUGUUUGCAGAACGUCAAACGUCGUACAUUUGCAUUGUUUAGUUCAAUAAAAGGGAGAG